GGCUCCGAGUCAUCUGGCAAGACAGCGGGCUCCGAGUCAUCUGGCAAGACAGCGGGCUCCGAGUCAUCUGGCAAGACAGCGGGCUCCAAGUCAUCUGGCAGAACAGCGGGCAUCGGGUCGUCAAGUUCGACAGUGGGCACCGAGUCAUCUGGCAAGACAGCGGGCACCGAGUCAUCUGGUUCGACAGCGGGCACCGAGUCAUCUGGCAAGACAGCGGGCACCGAGUCAUCUGGCAAGACAGCGGGCACCGGGUCAUCAGGCAUUGGAUCGUCUGGCUCGACAGCGGGCAUCGGGUCACCAGGCAUCAGGUCAUCUGGCUCGACAGCUGGCAUCGGGUCAUCUGGCUCGACAGCGGGCAUCGGGUCAUCAGGCACGACAGUGGGCACUGGGUCAUCAGGCAUUGGAUCGUCUGGCUCGACAGCGGGCAUCGGGUCACCAGGCUUUAGGUCAUCUAGCUCG